GAACAAACACGCAAAGUUCAAUUCCAUCUCGCACAGAAAGGCAAUACCCGCCAAAGGCCUUGCCGAUCUUCCAACCGCGAUGGCGCCCAGGAGGUCGCCCACUCUGACCAACCUCGAGAGAGACGAGGUCGGCAGGUUCCGUGAUGACAGAGAGUGGGCCAAGGAUAUCAAGUACGAGGACCUAGACGCCGAGGUGGACAGGUACACUGCCUUUGACAGGAUGUAUGGUCCCGGAUUUCGGAGCUGUCUCUUCGACACACAGACCAAAAAUAUCUAUACCGGGGACACCAUGAGUUCGGGGCAUCAUGCUGGCGACCGCACCGCAAAGACUCGGGCCCACUUCCGAGAAGGUUACCCACACGCGCCAAAGCACGCCUUCUGUCAGCAGGUCAAGAGGUGGUCGGCCACCAUCCGCGGAGCAUGUGGUAACAUAUUCACCUUCCCAUCUGGCGGUUGCACGACACAUCGCCACGUGUACGGUCGUGGCCGGAACGAAAUCUUUGUCCGCUUGAAGAACAACGAGCCUCUCACGAAUAGCGGCAUCCUGUAUCCCUGGGAGGUGGAGGGGAUCGAACGCCAGCACGCAGAGGCUGAGCAGCCUGAUCAGCGAGCCGUCGAGAUCCAGAAAAUACAGGAUGAAGCCGAAGCCGAAUUUGAGGCCAAUGGUACCUUGGUGCACGAAAUAUUCAACCUCAAGCGGCGGGCCAAGAUCUUCGAGCAGCCAGAGGCAGUCCCAGAACCCACGCCUGAGGAGUUGAAGAAGGCCGAGCGCCAGAAGAUCGAAGAGAAGCUGAACGCGAAGACCAUUGGAGUUGACCCCCGCAAGGCAUCCCAAGGCGGCAAGCAGAAGAAGGAAGAGGAGGCCAAGAGCCAGAAGCAGUUCAAGAAGGAGCAGAAGAAACUGAAGAGGGCAGGUCAGCAGGAGGAUGAAGACGCUGCCUAGGAUGUAGCGUCCUCCCGCGAUGGUCUAAUUACCUCUCUGGAUCCCGGAAAGCGCGAGCAACGAAGGUGUUCCCACCAUUAGGUGCUAUCGCAAUCGCAGCAUCCGCUACGCUCGGGAGCUACUCACACUAUCGCCUGCAAUUAUUAACUCUGUUUGCUCAUUGGACUUUUCCCUAUCCUUACUG